AACAGUUCUGUGAAUUUCACUUGGCAAAACACUGGGCUUAUUCACACUGUGUAGGCCUACAUGACACAAUAACAGUGUUAUUAAACAUAUUAAGAUUGUUACAUAAAAUAAGAUUGUUUCACCUACGUUUUAGCCAUGUUGAGACAAGCCAGGGUUCGUCCGGCUGAGUCCGAAUCGCCGAGAUGUGCUACUCAGUCGGUUGAACUCGAAACCGUCGGAAAUCAGGGUACAAGGUGGAGGCUCUGUCUGUGCCUGGGACUCCAAGCGGACACGAAGAAGAAACAACAGCGUCGUCAAGUGUGGAGAAUGGUGGUAAUGACACUCAUCCCGAUCCUGGCUCUGGCAAUCCUGGCGGUAGUUCUGAUGACCAACUCCAGUGCCGACAACGUCCGGCUGCAAUGGCUGAGGAACGAGGUCGGCGGUAGCGUGGAGAACGCCGGUCAGUUGAUCCACCGCCUGCAGAUCGAGAGGGGAAUGACCGCCUUCUACCUGUCAUCCGGCAACAGAGAGGAGCUGGACAAUCUCCAGGGCAUCUACGAGCAGACCGACUCGGCCAUCGACAGAAUCUCCUGGGUUAACGACAACUCCCAUGCGGCCCCGGCAUUUUUUGAACAUAAGGAGUACUACCGGGCUCAUCUGAUCCGCUUUAGAAAGAAUCUCGUGUCACCAGAAGGGAUAAAUGUGACCAUCUCCGACGUCAUGAUCUUCUACACAAAUGACAUUGACAUUAUCUUAGGGUGGCUUGCAAUGGGAAUAAAGCUUUAUGAUCCCGCCGGCGGGCUCUGGUCCAAACUCAUCUCUUACCAGCUACUGCUUCUAGCCAAAGAGCACACCGGCAAAGAGAGAGCCAUCGGAAGUACGUUCUACUCUCGCGGGGGUUUCAGCCAAAACAAUGACUUCAUCUGGUUCAUGAACGAGAGUGUCGCGGGAAAGAGGUUCCUUGACAUAGCCUUACAGUUCUCAUUGUUUCUGGAAGAAGCCUCAGAGGGGAUAAUCGACGACACUGUGACGAGUCAAAUCGAGGACAUGCGAUCCGAGAUCCAUCUCAAUAAUCACCAGUUGCUGGAACCGUCACUAGCCAAGGGUGACAGGUGGUUCCAAAAUAUGACCCAUUUCAUCAACGACCUCCUCCAAUUACAGACUAAAAUGGGCAACUCGAUCAUAGAGGAGCUGAACUCCGACAUGCGGUGGAGCUUGUCCUACGUGGUGGCCUACGCCUUUCUGCUCUCCACGGUUCUCAUCACGGGUCCACUGAUCAUCCGGGGCAUCAUCCGCCAGACCCAUCGCAUCCAACAGGUAGGCGACUCCCUGCAUCGCAAGACGCUGGAGCUCCGAGAAGAGAAGAUGAAGUCGGACUCGCUACUGUAUCAGAUGCUUCCAAAGGUGGUAGCUGAGCAACUCAAGCUCACGGGCCAAACACCCGCCGAGAGCUACGACGAAGUGACGGUGUUCUUUUCAGAUUUGGUCAACUUCACUGCCAUGUCUGCAAUUAGCACCCCCAUGCAGGUACGGUUUUUUUUUUUUAAUUCAUAGUAACAGUGACAAUGUUUACACCGAAUGAUCUUGAAAUAUGGCGCGGAUGAGUUUCAACAGAAUACCAAUAGCUCCCUUGUGGUG